CUCCACUUUUCCCCGUCAACACGCUCGCGCAAACUCGCUGCGGCACCACAGUCAUUUGUUACAUUCUUGCCACUGUGUUGAUAUAAGGAAGUGGUGCGCCGUCCUCUACACUCCUUAUCACUGUCGACCUCGAGAAAAUCGACAGCUGUUCACCAUCGACACGAUCACCAACACCACCGGUCGUCCCCAUCAAUACUUCAAUUCACAAUGCGCGCCUCGAACCUCAUACUCGUGCUGCCAGCACUCGCUGCUGCGCAGGAGCAAAUCCCGAUGAUCGACCAACUCAAAGGGUGGUUUGCAAAGGCCACAGCAUCGGUGUCGACGGCUGUGGAGAAGGCAACACAAGCUUCCAUUCCAGACCCAGUCGCUGCAGCUGCCGCAAAAGUGGCAGAUUUGAAGGUUGAGAGGUUGACCUUGGACAACCACAAGGAGUUGAUCCAGCCGGGUUCUUCGGAAGCUGCUCCUGGAAUUCAGACCUGGGAGGUGUUUGUGACGGGAGGUAACAAGACAUGCUAUGGCCGAUGCGCUCGCGCCGAGACAGCAUUCAACGAAUCUGUCGCGUUGGUCGCAGCUUCACCGAACCCUCCAAACCUUGCUCUUCUCAACUGCGAAACCGAUGGCGUUCUCUGCCACGCCUGGGCUGUCUCUCCUCCGACUGUGCUUCACUUGCAGCUCCCACAGCCUCUGGCCGAUCAAUCGACUCCUGCUUCGACUGUGCGCUCGAUCAGGGUCAACACCACCACGGUGACUGCAGCGGACAUUGCAGCGAUUCAUCUGCAAGAGAAGUACCUGGAGACUGAGCCGUACGAGGGAUUCUUCCAUCCCUUUGAUGGACCACUUGCGCAGUACGGAUUGACCAUUCCAUUCGGCUACCUCGUUUGGGGCUUCUCACAAAUCCCAUCAUGGAUGUUCAUGAUCGGCAUUAGUUUCUUCUCCCGGACCAUCAUGGGUCGACGUAUGGCACCACCUGCCCAACGAGGCGACGCUCCUGCCGCAGCCCAGUAAGAGCAUGACAUGAAAGAAAUGUAAUUUGUGGAUGGCAUAAUAUACAAAGUACUUUUUGCAAUGAAAGAAUAUGCACGAGGAGGACCACGAUACCCUACGGUCAUUUUUUGAGCAGCAAAUCUGUGCACGCGAAAUCAGGGUAGGUAUUUCGGUAUAUGAAAGCAUGCUUGGGACACAAUUGAAUGCCCGACAGCUUGCUAGGAUGGGGAUCUUUGGCUAGAAUCAACGUCGUCCAGCUCAUGCGAAGUGUAAUUACAGAGCCAACCAGAA